GGCGGGGCCGCCUAUUUGGAGAGGCUCACUAUUUGGCAGGAAGGUGCGGAGGCCUCUCUCCUGGCAGUGGCGCCCACGCAGGCCGAGGGGAGGAUCCCAAUGUGGCAAGAGAGAGGAGGGCUAAGGAGCGGCGAAGAAGGAGGGGGCCAAGAGAGACAAGGGGAGCCGCAGCAACCGCCGCCGCCGAGGAGCUGAGCGGCCUGGCCGGGCAAGCGGGGGUGGCGAAGCCUCUGCAGCACUGGCACCCCCGCCGACGCCACCCCUCCGCCGGGCACCUCACGCCCGCCCGGGUGGAGGCGGAGGCGGCGGAGGCGGCGAAGAAGUAGGCUCGGGCAGCAGAGUAUUAUAAUUGAAGAAGCAUCUAUUGCACUUAGGGGCAAAACAUAAUCUGAGUUUGCAGUUGUUAUUCCAAGACUGAGGAGAGUUUCACAACAACCCUUAGAACUGGAUUUUCACCCUAGUUCAGCAGCUUUGCUGCUCACUUAAAUACAGAUGAAUGAAGACCCCAUUUGGAAAGGCACCAGGUCAGCGGUCAAGAGCUGAUGCAGCUGCUAGUCUUCAGUUCUAAUAAGUCAACAGGAAAAACGACUUGCCGAUUCUCAAAGUUGGAAAUCUGAAUUGAUAUCCACUCCUACACCACGAUCUUGGAGGUAUAUUGCUGCCACUAUAUCCCUGUAGGAUAUUAUUUCUACUUGAAGGGCAUGCAGGUGUGUCUGCCAACAUGAUGAAGAAGAGAGCUUCCCACAAAAAGCAUCGAAAUAACGUGGGACCAAGCAAACCUAUUUCUCAACCCAGGAGAAAUAUUGUAGGCUGCAGAAUACAGCACGGAUGGAAAGAAGGAAGUGGACCUGUGACACAGUGGAAAGGCACAGUCCUAGAUCAGGUUCCUGUAAAUCCCAGCCUCUACCUUAUCAAAUAUGAUGGAUUUGAUUGUGUCUAUGGACUAGAACUACACAAAGACGAAAGAGUUUCAGCGCUCGAAGUCCUUCCAGAUAGAGUUGCUUCCUCUCGAAUCAGUGAUGCCCACCUGGCAGACACAAUGAUUGGCAAAGCAGUGGAACAUAUGUUUGAAACAGAAGAUGGUUCAAAAGAUGAAUGGAGAGGAAUGGUCUUGGCUCGGGCACCAAUAAUGAACACAUGGUUUUAUAUUACCUAUGAGAAGGAUCCUGUCUUGUACAUGUACCAGCUCUUAGAUGACUAUAAAGAAGGUGAUCUCCGUAUUAUGCCCGAUUCCAAUGAUUCACCUCCAGCAGAACGGGAACCUGGCGAAGUUGUGGACAGCCUAGUGGGGAAGCAAGUGGAAUAUGCCAAAGAAGAUGGCUCAAAAAGGACUGGCAUGGUCAUUCAUCAAGUUGAAGCCAAACCCUCAGUCUAUUUCAUCAAGUUUGAUGAUGAUUUCCAUAUUUAUGUCUAUGAUUUGGUGAAGACAUCCUAGACACCACCAUGCAAACUUUUGCCAAACUUGUGGAACUUCAAUGUAAAAUUUGUAGACAUAAGACUUAAUGCUUUCCAGUUUAUUUGAAAGCUUAUAUGUCCCUGCGAGCCCACAAUCUCUGCCAGGAAAACUAUUCCAUUGUGAACUAUACAAAUAGACUUUUAUGUGAACAUGAUACGUUUUGUGUAAGGGAACUCCUUUUCUUGAAGGAAGUCUUGGGGGGGGGUAUGUGUAUGAAGUAAAACAGCAGCUGCAAAUCCAAGCUGUGUAAAGUGGAUCUAGCAAUGUAAUCAUUAAUCUGAUUUUUCCCCAAUUAUAACUUUCCCUCACUGUCUCACAUAACUGUUCAACUGCCACACGCAAGUCUGGCUUGAUAUUAUAUUACUUUCAUGUAUGUAACAUUAUGUUUUCUUGUCUGGCAGUCCUUGUUUUCAGGGUUUGGGCAGAAAUGACUAUAAAAUGUUUAAAGCAGUGUUAAGGAGUGCCUAACCCAAUUAACAUCAGUGUACUGUGUUCAGGUUAGCUGUUGAGCUACUAUUAGAUGAGGAGUUUGUACAUUUUAGUUGCAGGAAAAUAGAACAUGACAUACAUGUAAUGCAGUUGAGAAAAUGCAGAGUAAGAGCCCUUAUUUGAAACUGUAGGACAUGGUCAAAACAUUUUAAACAAGGAUUCCUUCAGUUAUCAAUGUCGUAAGGAUUUUUGUUCACUUUUAGCAGAACCCUGGUUCUUGGUGCCAUAGCAGUCUAGUAUGUCAUGUUAAUGAUAAAAAAAACGCAGCAACUACUGGGUGUCUCAUUAUCAAAAAUAGCAGCCUAGAUUCUUGUGUGGACUUAAAUCUGUUACAUGUAAAGACAAACCUCACAAAAGAAGAGUCCUCGUACAUUAAAGGCUUGUGUUGCGGAGAAGGAAAAUCAUUUGUUGCCUUCUACUUUGAUCUGCUGCAUUCCUUCUCAUUGUGUUUUGUUCAAGAAGGCAUGUACCUUUUUUUCUUCUUUCUGGUCUUUCUUCUUGGGGUGCAUCCAUACAAGACAUUAUACAAUUCAAACCUAUUGUCGCCUUUUGUGCUGUACGUUAUAUUUGCUUGAGGUAUCCUGUUUUAACGUGAACUUCAUUUAAAGGACACUAGGGUUCUGCAUGCUAAUGGUGUACUAUCUAACACAAGCUAGGCAGUCUCCAUAGUUCAACCAUCUGCAGCAGAUUGAGGAUGUAAAUAAGCAGCCCACAGUCACGAAAUUUGCUUUUUUUUGUCUCUCUUUUCUUUUCCUUUGGUAAGGUGGUAAGUUGGUGUGGCACCUUUUUAAAGUAAUUGGUGGGAAAAUACUGAAUAGCAACAAAGCUGAAGCAGGGCAUUGCAGUCACUAAAGAACUGCUUUGCCCAUGUAAAUGAUACAACUAAGGUAAAAAGUGUUGCUGAUCAGCUUUCUGAGGUCCAAAUUACCUCUGUUGUGGGUAUACAUAUUCAAUUCCAUGUGGUUUAAACCCUUUUUUAUUUUUGCCUAAUUUCAUAUUGUAGCCUUAAGGCUUGUGCCUCCUUAAUGCUCUUUAAUGGUAAUAAAAAUAACAUAUACAGUAUCUUAAAAUUUCCUGUCCAUUGCUACUGUUGCAUUGUGUCCAGUAUUUCAUCAUGGGCAACCAAAGGCAGUCUGUUGUCUUUUCUAUGAAGAGCUUCUCAAAUGCAGUCCUUAAGCCCUAAGUACCUGAGUCAUACAUGUUCCUGUGUUCUUGAACAAGUGAGCAGAUUUGCAACCCAGUUUUUUUGUGUGUUUUGUUCAUCCUGCAGAUCUGUAUGUUUUCAAUUGACUCUUUUAAGAGUCCUGCAUGUAAAUCUCAAAGCUGAGCCUGGCUCCAUGAGCCCAAGUUGAUGUUUGUGGCACAAGAAUGAGUGAGUGUAUUCAACAUACACAAGAUACAUAAAACAUGGUACUUUGAAUUGUGGGCUACAUUAACAAUGAAUCCAAGGUAUUUCUCAAGAUAUUUGCUGAGGAUUAAGAAGACCGAAAAUGUCGCAUUCUAAGAGGUUGCAAUUGGAGGUUUUCUGCAAGUCUCUUAAUACACCACAUUCUGCCAGAUUAGAGUAAUCUAUAUUCUGUAUAAAUUAUAUGGUUUUUUAAGUGUCCACAUUGUCUGCUUUUUUAAUAGCUUAAACCACCUUUUUUUGAGGCUUGAGACUAAUUCUACUCCCUGCCCAUCUGCUUUGGGCUUUAUUUUAGGCUCAUGUUUCAGAUCUGCAUGCAGUGCUUGUUACCCUGGUAACUAAAUGUUGGUUCCUUAUUCUAGAGGUUCAACAUGACUUUCCAAGUUAUCAUGGGGCUUGUGGUGGCACAAGCUAUGGAUCUGUGUAUAAAGGUUACUGGCCUUUCUCUCCAUUUACCUGCUGAAGUAUUGUAUAUUGUGUGUUUUGCGUGAUGUCAGGCUGCCCUGUAAAAUUUUAAAAGACAAACUUAAAUGCAGACCAUCCCUUUUUUGCAUGCUUAGGCCGUAGAAUGUUCAGUGUAACAAACUUUAAAGUUGCAUGUUUAAAAAUGUUUAGGUUUUUAGUUUUUUUUUAAUUUUGUGUUUUGUGGAUUUGCUUAUUGUGAUGUUUUUAAUGGUGGUUAGUAGGAUUAAAUGCACUGGUGAGGCAAACAUAGUGCCAACAGGAGGUAACUUUCCAGUUGUAUGUGUCAUGCAGCGUUUGAAGGGACCAUUUACUCUGCUCAAAAUGAAAUUAAAUCAGUUUAAUUCACUAUGCUUUUUUGUGCCAAAUCCUAAAUUAAGUUGAAGUAGAAUCAUAUUAAGAUACCCCUCUCUAAACAAUAAUGGAAAAAGCCUUUUUCACUGGAUAAGGGUUUAGCCUUCUUAAAUUGGUACAUUUUAAAAAUAAAGGCUUCUCCACAGAUACAUUAAUUGCAACCAUUUCAGAGAACCAAAAAAAAAAAAAAAGCUUCAACAAUUUGUGGUUCCUUGGAAAUGCUGUGCUUUUUUGUAUUUUACAUCAUUAGUGCAAUUUGGAUGGUUCUUGGUAUGUGUAUAGUUCAGAGGUCUUCGUGUUCACAUUUUAAAAUUAGGUAAAUGACUUCAUCUCUAGAGCUUGGUUUCAGUUUUUAUUUUUUAACAAUGUAGACAGUUCCCUGUUCUCUGCAUUUAGAAGUAUAAACACUUUAAAUCUGUUACUUAAUUCUGUAAGUAAUUUUUAUAAUUAUGAUGUAACUCUAUCCUUAAAACAUUUAAAAUAAACCCUUUAUGUGCAACUUCUGACUGUAAAUCUUGUUCUCAUAAGGCAAAUGUAGUGAUGUGUUUAAAGCUGAAGAUGAGUUUUUCCCAUAUUUAUAAUUAAAAUUAUUUUAACAAUGA